UUUCAGUUGCGCGAGACUCUCAAAAUGGCGGAACAGGCAGAUAUCGCUUUGAUUGGCAUGGCCGUCAUGGGCCAAAACAUCAUUCUCAACAUGAAUGACCAUGACUACAAGGUGUGCGCAUUCAACCGAACCGUAUCAAAAGUGGAUGAUUUCCUGGCUAAUGAAGCUAAGGGUACGAAAAUCAUUGGAGCUCAUUCCAUGGAGGAAAUGGUGAAGAAGUUGAAGAAGCCAAGGAAGGUGAUGCUACUUGUGAAGGCCGGGGCUGCGGUGGAUGCAUUUAUUGACAAACUGGUCCCCCUGUUGGAAGCUGGUGAUAUCAUCAUUGAUGGCGGGAACUCUGAAUACACAGACACCAAUAGACGUUGCAGGGACUUGAAGGCAAAGGGUCUCCAUUAUGUUGGAUCAGGUGUGAGUGGUGGUGAGGAGGGUGCCAGGUAUGGCGCCAGCCUGUUGCCGGGCGGUGCACCGGAGGCGUGGCCCCAUCUAAAGCCAAUCUUCCAAUCCAUUGCCGCUAAAAUCGGCAAAGAACCAUGCUGUGAUUGGGUUGGCGACGAAGGGGCAGGACAUUUCGUCAAGAUGGUCCACAACGGUAUCGAGUAUGGCGACAUGCAGCUGAUCUGUGAGGCAUAUCACUUGAUGCGUGAAACGCUUGAAAUGACGCCUCCCGAGAUGGGUAAAGUGUUUGAGGCAUGGAACAAAACAGAGUUGGACUCCUUCCUUAUUGAGAUGUCUGCUUUAAUUGUGCAAUACAAAGAUGACAAGGGUGAAUACUUGGUGGAAAAGAUACGCGACUCCGCUGGACAGAAAGGCACUGGUAAAUGGACUGCCAUCAAUGCCCUAGAGUUUGGAGUACCUGCCACUGUCAUAUCCGAAGCUGUGUUUGCACGUUGCCUUUCGUCAUUGAAAGCAGAUCGUGUGACGGCCAGCCGUAGUCUCAGGGGACCGGCAGAGACAAAAUACAGGGGAGACAAGACAGCCUUUAUUGAGAGCAUUAGAAAGGCACUCUAUGCUUCCAAGAUCAUCUCCUUUGCUCAGGGAUUCAUGCUCAUGAAACAAGCAGCCAAGGAAUUCAACUGGACAUUGAACUACGGUGCCAUUGCUUUGAUGUGGAUGGGUGGGUCGAUUAUCAAGAGUCGUAUUCUGCGAAAUAUUAAGGAAGCCUUUGAUCAGAAUCCAGAUCUUGUUACCCUCCUUAUGGAGGACUUCUUCGUGGAUGCUAUUCAUAAUUGUCAGAAAGCAUGGCGUGAUGUUGUUGCCACGGCCGUCCAACUCGGGGUGCCAACUCCAGCUCUUGCAUCCGCGCUGGCUUUCUAUGAUGGGUACAGAACUGAAAGGCUGCCAGCCAAUCUCAUCCAGGCCCAGCGUGAUUUCUUCGGCGCUCACAAGUACGAACUUCUCUCAAAACCUGGGAAAUUCAUUCACACCGACUGGACUGGACACGGAGGCAGCGUGUCAUCAACAACGUAUGAUGCAUAGCAACUCAGGAAAUCCCAUCCUGAGGAAAUCAGUUGAAGUCGGAGUUGUUGUUUAUUUAGUUGUUUGUUCCCUUGUGUACUAAUUACGAAAUGGUGUGAAGUAGCAAAUGCGUUUAGUAGUAACAUGCUUUUAUGUAACUAACUAAGGAUAUUCAUGUAUUGUAAAAUACAAGCCAUGUAAUGACAAAGUUGGCAAAUUUAAAUUUCUCCGGUUAUUCAUUUAUUUAAAUGUAUCUAUUUAUUUAUUUACUUAUUUAUUUAUUCAUUUAUUCAAAUUCACUGUGCCAUACAUAAAAGUAAAACAUAAAAGUAAAACGGUAGACGGUAAUAAAGG